AAGACGAAGACAUCGGCUGGAGAGGUUCUUACGAGCAAGAGAUCGAUCAGUUCCCAGAGCAAAGAUGUCCAAGUUCUGGGCAGUCUUCCUCCUCUGUGGCCUGCUGACCCCUUCACAAGGACUUCUCGGAAACAUCCCCUUGAUUUCCAGGGUGGAUAAAGAUGCAGUAGAAAAUGCUAUUACAGGGUCACUUGCCAAAGACAACGCUUUCCAAGGGCUCCUGGGUGGCCUUGUUGGCGGGGAUCAGCUCAGCAGUCUUGUUGGUGGCCUCCUUGGUGGAGAAGGUCUUGUUGACGGCCUCGUUGGCGGAGAAGGUCUUGUUGGCAGCCUCCUUGGUGGAGAAGGUCUUGUUGACGGCCUCGUUGGCGGAGAAGGUCUUGUUGGCGGCCUCCUUGGCGGAGAAGGUCUUGUUGGCGGCCUCCUUGGCGGAGAAGGUCGUGGUGGCGGACUACUUGGUGGACAAGGUCUUGUUGGCGGCCUACUUGGCGGAGAAGGUCGUGCUGGCGGCCUGCUUGGCAAGCAAGGUCUGCUGAGUGCAGUGCAAGGGCUCACAGGGCUGAAAAUCGUGAACAUCACCCUCCCCAAAAUCACCCUGCGCUUCCUGCCGGGGAUCGGGCUCCAGCUGAACCUCUACACCCAGCUCACCAUAGACGGCGGCUCGGCUGCAGCUGGGCUGCUCCGUGCUCAGGUCAAAGCAAACGUUACGGCAAGAGCCAGACUGGUCCAGGACGCCACGGGGGCGGUGAAGCUGGUCAUCGAGGACUGCAAGACCCUUCUGGGAGACAUCAGCAUCCGCGUGGGACCCAAACUGCCAGUUCUGGAUCAGGCUUUAAAAGGCGUCCUUGGUAGUGCCCUGCCUAAACUGCUGUGCCCCGUCGUCAACACCGUGCUUGGCACUUUGAACUCGCUGCUUGGCACCGUCACCUCUGUGCUCCCACUCGGGGCUCUGGGAAAUCUCCAGUACACGCUAGGGUCCCUGCCCAUCAUCAGCGACAAAUCCAUCCAGCUGGAUUUAAAUCUCCUGGUCCGGGACGCCGAGGGCAACGUGGUUGACCAGGGCCUGGGCCAGGCAGUGGCCGUCUCCCUGCCGCCGCCGGCCGCCGGCGUCUCCCAGCUCAGCAUCCCGCAGGCCGCGCUCAGCGCCGUGCUGGGUCUCCUCCGCGGCUCCGGCGCCUUCGACGCGGACGUCACGGCGGCGGCGCUGGGCUCCGUCUCGGGCCAGGGGUCCAGUAACGCCCUGCUGUCGACGUCCACGCUGCUCUCGCUGCUGCCGCAGCUCUCCGCGGAGAUCCCGGAGUCCCUGCCGCUGGCGCUGCGGGUGCAGAGCACCGGCGCCCCGGUCGUGUCCCUGCGGGACGGGAAGGCGACCGCCCGCGUCGCGGCCUCCAUCACGGCGCUGGCCCAGCGCCCCGGCUCCCCGCCGCAGCCCCUCUUCACCCUGGACGCGGACAUCGAUCUGAACGUGGGUGCGUCUCUCUCGGGCGACAAGCUGCAAGCGACCCUGGCUGUCGAGAGCAUCAGCCUGAGACAAGCGGAUUCGCGAAUCGGCAAUAUCAGUGUCUCCCUUCUUGAAAGAUGGGUGAGGGACGUCCUUGAAGCUGGAUAUCUACCUGCAGUGAACAAGGCUCUGAACGUGGGGGUCCCACUGCCAAAACUCUUCAACAUGAACUUCGAGGGUGCCAACGUUGACGUCGUUGACAACGCUUUUGUGAUCUCCCAGACCUGCAGAAAGUCCUAAAAAGAGCCCGUUUCAGAGCCUUUUCCACCCUGCUCCUUGGAUGAGGCAGAGAAUUCGCUGCAAAAAAUCCAGUCGUCUUUGCUUUCUUGUGGGCGUUGUGCGGUGUGAGCUCCCCGGCCCGAGGGAGACGGGGAUCCUGCAAUGAGCUCUGCUGUAGACUAGCACUGGGGUAGGGAGAAGCUGCUCAGCUGAUUCAGAUUUGGGGGGGAUUUUCUGUGGCCUGUUUUCACUUUGCAAGUCUGGAGCCAGAGCUCAUUUUUAGGCGUAAAGGAUGUUGCUCUUGAAUUGCUCUUCCAAUAAAACCUUUC